AUGGCGCAGAUACGUGGAACGGCGGGCUACAACCUGGGAUCUCAGGACCGCUUUGGUAGUGGCCCAGCCAGAAGUGAUGCCACGAAUGAUCCAAGUCCUCUAGAGCAGAUCAGGGAGCAGACGAGUAAAAUUGAAGAGUGGCUGGACACAGCGGCGGAUCCUAUCAAACCCACCCUCAUCAUAAUCCGCAAAUAUCCCGAAUACGCUGUCUUCGGCCUCAUUGGCGUUGUCGUGACCCAAGCACUCGGCUACGGUCUCAUCUUCGACCUCAACUUCUUCCUUCGCAACCUGUCUGUGAUGGGCGGUCUGCUCAUGGUCUUAAGCGAUAGCUGGGUCAGGAAGAAGUUCGCACCAGCAGGGCUUCCGUUGCCGAAUGAGAAGGAUCGGAAGAACCUGUGUGAUGGUUGCGGUCGGAUUCAAGGCGAAAUGGAGCGCGACGAUCCUGGUCAUCAUCCUGAGUAUAUUCAAUCUGUUGGUGAACAAUUUCUGGACGGUGAGGCUACCCUGCCAUGGGUUCUCGGAUGGAUUAAGGCUAACACGAACAUAGCUGCACGAGCACCACCCCCAGAAGGAUUUUGCAAAGUACGAUUUCUUCCAGAUCCUGUCAAUUGUGUAAGUGAAACAUCUUUGUUGUCCUCGCAAAUGUUUACUGAUCAACGAUUAAGUGGUGGGCUACUAUUAUUGGUCAACAUGGGUGAGCUUGCUACAACCGAUGUGCUCGAAGUGCUAAACCUGCUUAGGGGCUGGCUCUAUCUCGGUCGACGAGAAGAAGAAGGUCUAUUGAAGCCGUUCAUUGACAAGGACAGGUCCUCGUGCCCCAUUGGUCAGAAGUUCGUAGAGAGUACGAUAUGUCCGGAUCAGCACGCGAGUCAUGUAAAGGCGCAAGACACAUGCGAGCGGAGCAUCGGCGGCGUUGAGGUCUGUGAAAAGAAUGGCCAGCGCCAUUUGGGUAGCGAGAUAAAUCAUGUAGCAUAG